GGCCCCGCCCCCGGCGGCAGCGCCGCGACCCCCGCGCCGCGCCCGGCCCGACCCCCGGCCCUGCGGCACCGCUCUGCCCCGCUCCCGACCGGCAGGGAUUACAUAACGGCGCCGGAGCGAGCAGCUGCAGGAUUACACCGCGCGGAUUAGGGAUUACGUUGAUUCAGCAGAUUGUCCUGUGCAUGUCUGAGAAAGAUUACACCAGCAGAGUUAAGAAUACCCGUUUGCUGCGAGCAAAGUGUAGCUGUGAGCCGGCUCAAGAGGACGCCUUUGGGUGGGGACCUUGCUGUUACAGCCCAGUAUCACAGGGAACUGCCAGUUCAGAUUGCCCUGUAUGGACAGGACAGUUAAAAAGCUAGAGAAGCCACGUGAGGUCCCAUGAGAACGAGAACCAUCUACUUAUAAAGUGCUGUUGCCUCUGACCAAGAGCAAAAAUUGUUGUCGGAAUAAUAUGCGAACAGAUCAUGAAGAACUCUGUGGCACCAGUUAUGGAUCUUUUUGUCUAAAUGGAGGGAUUUGUUAUAUGAUUCCCACUGUAUCCAGUCCAUUCUGCAGGUGUAUUGAGAAUUACACAGGAGCUCGUUGUGAGGAAGUUUUGCUGCCCAGCAUCAAAUCCCAAACAAAAGGUGACCUGUUUGCAGCUUUCUUGGCUUCCCUUCUUCUUCUAGGAGUUCUUGUAAUUGGAGCAUUCUACUUCCUUUGCAGGAAAGUUUCCAUUCCAAGGACAAGUUCUUCAGAGUGUGGUGCCAACCUAGUUGAAACUACAAGCAGCAAUGGCUGCAACAAAAUAACAACAGCCUAAAGCAUCAGAGUGGAAGAAUGGUAGAGAAACAACAUGCAGAGCAACCCUAAGAAUCUAAAUUGUAGAGGGUGACAUGGUAAGCAAGAUCAGAGAAGAAAGUUGACUGAAACAGAAGGCUGACAAGUUGGAGAAGACUACAUCUAAGACUUAAACAGUUGCACUUAAUGGAGUUUCUAUGUACUUUUAAAACUGUCAAUUAUACAGAAAUCACUAUAAUUUAUGUUUGAAUUCUGUGAGAUUUUUUAUGGUUUUCAAUUAUGCAUAUCUAGAUGCAUGAGAUAAUCUUGGGUUUUACUACAUGGGAAAUAAAAUACUUUUUUUUUUUUUUCACUGCACAGAGAAUAUGAGAUAUCACAGCAUUUUAGUGUGAGGUGAUACUAUGAAUUUUUGAUAGGGGUUUUUCAUUUUUCACAGAAUUUCCCCAGAGCAGGUAAAGCCUGUCUUGAUUCAAUAGUUUCAAAAUUGAUUUUUGUGAUGCAUGUGUAGUAUUUGGCUUAUUUCAGAUACCCUUACCAGAUGUGGGGGGAAAACCCCUCUCUUUCUCCCAGCUAAUACAUUUCUUUUUUUUAAAUUGUAACACAACAUCAGCACAAGGUACCAUUGGUAGUUUAUUGCCCAGGUGCCUGGCACACUAUUUUAAUUAAAAAUAAAGGGAAAUAUUAAGAAAAGAGAUUGAUAAUGGUUAAAAGAAGUUUUUAGGCAGAGUUUGGUGUACAUUCCUAAUCCUAAGCAAGAUAUCUUCCUUGAUGGUUUUUAGUUUUGCCUGGCUUUCUUCUGAAAAUCUCACUACUGAGGGAAAUUUAAACCUUACUUUGAAUGUUCCAGUUGAUAUUUCAGAUAGCAGAAAUCAGGAAUUUUGUUCGUCAGGUCAAUUUCUGACACAAAAUAUUAUCAAGACAGGUAUCUUGGCUGAAAAAAAAAUGCUGCCCUCUCCAAAGAUUUAUUUCUUUUAUUCACAUAAGCAUCUAUUGAUCACACUAAUAUAUUAUAGACCACACUUUGGUCUCUUACAGGAUUCUCUUACUCAGACAAAAAGAGGCCAUCUGCCAUGGUCCAUGUCUUUUUUUUUUUUUUUUUGCCUUUACA